AUGUAUCACACUUGUCAGGUGGAUGACAACGAUCCCUACGUUUUGUCACAUCAAAGUGGAUUGAUGGAGAUUGCAAGGGGACUUGCCAAGGAAGAGACCCACACCAUAAAAUGUGGCCGCAACACUGAGGCAUUUUAUGGAGUGACAAUUUUAGAUGCUCUCUUGGUGGAUGACAGCUGUGUGGCAUUGUCUCCUCCAAGCAUAGCAAAUGAGUUACAUGUGGAGUUCCUGGGUGAUUCUAUCACGGCGGGAUGGCAGGUCUUAUUGAGCUCAGGCUCAUGGGAACAGGGCGGUCCAAGCAACGAGGAUGUAUUUCACAGCUAUGCUGGACGCUUAGCCCAAGCUUGGACAUCAAAUUGGCGUGUCGUUGCCCAAACGAGCAUUGGUGUCCUGCCACAUUACUCUUUCGGGACCAACUUCAAAGGUAUGAAAGAUCAGUUUCUAUGUCGAGAGCUAAAGCUCUAUGAGCCUUGUCCCAAGGAGUGGAAUUUCGAGUGGCAAGCUGAUGUAGUUGUGAUUAAUUUGGGAACCAAUGACUUUAUCUUCAACAAUCCAAGUGAGUCUGAAUUCCAGUCAGCAUAUGCAACAUUGAUUGGGCUGGUUCGAAGCAAAUACCCAACGGCCCUGAUCUUUUGCAUUGUGCCCCUGGUACAAUCUUGCAAGCCUGAUGCAAAAUGGCAAAAAAUGAUAAAUGGAAUCACGAAUGCAGUGGCGAAUGCAGUGAGUUCCGGCGAUGAACGGAUUCUAUUGCAAGGCUCUGGAGAUACACAGACAAGAUUGUUGGAUUGCAUCAGUGACUACGUCGAUCAGAUCCAUCCCACUCAGCAGGGCGCCCUACGCUUUGCAGAGAAGUUGCUACCCAUGAUGACGCCAAAGAUUCGAGAGAACUUUCCUGAGAAGUGUCAAGGUGAAGGAAACACAUGUGGAGCUCAGAGCGCUUCAACCACUGGCCUUAGCAGAACAAGCUCACAAACGACAGACACUACAAUUGUUUCCACCUCAACUGUUGGUGGAAUUGGUGGAUCUGGUGCGAUGUGUUGCUAUCCCAGUUGCAAUGACCCUGCCAGGGUAUGCAAUGAUGAGACGGAGAGCGAAUAUUGCACCAGUUCUCCUGCAAAAUGCCAAGCUUGUGGAGGGGAGUUGUGUGGUCCCACAGCGACAUCGACCAGUGGAACGACGUUACCAGCUACCACCGAAAGGACCACUAUUGGGACCACCUCUCAAAGCUCUCAAAGCGCUGAGUGUUGUUAUCCUGACUGCAGCAGUUCUGUGUGCAACCCUUCAAACAGCUAUUGCAGUCGGUCCUCAGAGAAUUGCCAAAAAUGUGGUGGUGAACUUUGUGGAAGGGUAGAGACACCGACAGAGAGCCCGACAAGUACAAUGGUUACAAGUUCCGCUUCAGGUGGAGAGCUCUUCAAGUGUUGUUAUCCCGAUUGCAGUUCCCAAGUGUGCAAUGAGCCAGAAGAUAGUCCUUAUUGCACCAGCUCUCCUGAAAAGUGCAGCAAUUGCGGUGGGGAGCUUUGUGCUUUUCAAGCCAAUGGGCUGGUCGCAACUUCCCUAAGAGAUGAGAGCUAA